AUGCCCGAAAGUCCACGGUGGCUAUGUGCUAAUGAUCAGGAAGAAGAAGGCAUUCGAGUAACACAAUGGCUUCAUCCAAAUGAUGAAAAACUUCAACAAGAAGAAAUUGAUCGCUUGAAUAUUUACAUUGGUUAUAAGGAAAGACUUAAAGAAAUGUUGAAAGGUAGAUGGCGUGUAAUGCAUCUUAUACGUGACACGCGUACAUUGCAGCAAAUAUUGCUCGGUUGCAUGCUGCAAAUAUUUCAACAGUUAUCGGCUAUAAAUGCUAUCAUGCAAGUUUUCACUGAUUAG